CAGUGUACAUCUUUGGGAAUGCUGCCUUAACUCUGUGUCCCAUCCUGAAGAGCGAGGCAUCAGUGAAGCCAUGGGGGUCUCAAGGACCAAAAAGACAAAGGACAGCAGCAGUCGAAAGCAAAAGAGCAUGUUGGAAAAGGAGCAGGGGAUGCUGAAGACAACUCAGGUGAAGGAGCAACCAGAAGAAAUACCAUGCACGGGGCAGACUGCUGUGCUGAAAGGGAAGAAGAAAGUCAAGGAGAAGCCACUGCAGGAGAACACCAUCAGUAGAAGCUCUCUAAGGCAUGAGGUUGCAGAAGAGAAAGAUCUCAGCUCAAGCUGGCAAGAUGGGAUUCAAGUGAAGGAGGCAGAUGCAUCCUUGUUGGAAGAAACUGAUUCCACCUUCCACCAAGGGUCAUCAGUGGGACUGAAGGACUCAUCCAGGUCGAAGAGUAAAUCCCGGAGAGAGGGACCUGUAGUGGGACAGCAGCUUUCAGAGAGAGAGGACAACGUUGGGCUCCUCAAGCCAAGUAGAGGUGAUAAUGGUGUGGCUGCAUUCCUCUCUGGAGAGCCUGGGGCUUCAGGGUUGGCUGUGGAGGUCACUGCUUUGCGGGAGAGUGUGGAAAAAGAGCUAGACCCCCAUGUCCUAGUACAGAAAGGGGACGCCAGAGGCAUGAAAAGAAAAAAAGAAACAGAGAAGAAGGGACAGCCAAAGAAGCAGAAGGAGAAUUUGUUGAGAAAAGGAGGGACCAAAAAGGAAAGCGUUGAGGAAAGCAUUGGGAAUGUGAUGGAGGACAUCAAGGAGGAAGAUGGUGCUGAUGGGGACAGGAAUUGUGGAGUCAGACAGGGUAAAGCCAAGCAAGGGAGCAGCAGCACACGGGGAAGGGCUGAUGAAAGGGAAAAGCAGAAAGGGAAAGGGGAGAAACGCAAGAAGGUAAAAGUGGAGGAGGAGGAGGAGCAGGGGAGGAAGAAAAUAAAGAAGGAGAAAAAGGUGGAUGAGAAGCAAGAGCUGGAAAGCUUAGGUGAGGAAUUAGGAGUGGGAAAUGAAGGAGAGGAAAGUGAAGAUGGAAAAGGACUAAAGGAGGAGGAGAUGGAUGAAAAGGGAUGGGGGCAGAUUAAGAGCAUAGAGACUGAGGAAAAGGAGGUGGAGAAUGGAGAUAUGCUGGGGAAAAAGCAGAAAGACAAAGAGAAAAAGCCAAAAGAGAGAAAGAAAAAGAAGGGGAAGAAAAAUAAGGAGAAGAGUGAAGAGGAAGAGACCCCAAAGAAAACCCAGAAAAGAAAAUCUAAGGAUGAAGGAGAGGAGAAUAACAACAAAAAGGUUAAAAAGGAGAGAAAAGAAAAAGAAAAGAAAGAAGAAACAGAAAACAAGUGGAAAUGGUGGGAAGAAGAGAAGACAAAUGAUGGGGUGAAGUGGAAACAGCUGGAACACAAAGGACCCUACUUUGUCCCUCUCUAUGAGCCUCUGCCUGAUGAUGUGCAAUUUUAUUAUGAUGGUAAACCCCUGAAGCUGAGCCUAGCCACGGAAGAAAUUGCCACUUUCUAUGCAAAAAUGCUUGAUCAUGAGUACACGACUAAAGAGAUCUUCCAGAACAACUUUUUUAAUGACUGGAGGAAGGAGAUGACGCCUCAGGAACAAGAGAUAAUCAAGCAGUUGGAUAAGUGUGACUUCAGGGAGAUUCAUAAGUACUUUGUGGACAAAAAUGAGGCACGGAAAGCACUCUCCAAAGAGGAGAAGCAGAAACUGAAGGAGGAGGCAGAUAAGAUCCAGGAGGAGUAUGGAUAUUGCAUCCUUGAUGGGCACAGGGAGAAGAUAGGCAACUUCAAAACUGAGCCUCCAGGGCUGUUCCGUGGACGUGGUGAUCACCCCAAAAUGGGAAUGCUGAAGAAGAGGAUUAUGCCAGAAGAUGUGAUCAUCAACUGCAGCAAGGACUCCAAGAUCCCUGAGCCACCAGUGGGGCAUAAAUGGAAGGAAGUACGUUUUGACAACACAGUCACCUGGCUGGCCUCGUGGACUGAAAAUAUCCAGAACUCCUUAAAGUACAUCAUGCUGAAUCCCAGCUCUAAGCUGAAGGGGGAAAAGGACUGGCAGAAGUUUGAGGUAGCCCGGAGACUGAAGGAUGUUGUCCACAAAAUCCGUGCUCAGUACCAGGCUGACUGGAAAUCCAAAGAGAUGAAGAAGCGACAAAGAGCAGUGGCCCUCUACUUCAUUGAUAAGCUGGCCUUGAGAGCUGGUAAUGAGAAAGAAGAAGGGGAGACUGCAGACACAGUUGGCUGCUGUUCCCUACGUGUGGAGCACAUCAAGCUGCACUCUGAGCUGGAUGGGCAGGAGCAUGUGGUGGAGUUUGACUUCCUUGGGAAAGAUUCUAUCCGUUAUUACAACAAAGUAUCGGUGGAAAAGCCAGUGUUCAAGAACCUGCAGCUGUUCAUGAAGAACAAAGACCCGGGUGAUGACCUCUUUGAUAGGCUCUCUACAGUCAUCUUGAACAAACACCUUCAGGAGCUGAUGAAUGGUUUGACUGCCAAAGUGUUCAGGACCUACAAUGCUUCCAUCACCUUGCAGGAGCAGCUCAAGGCCCUCACAAACCCUGAAGACAGUGUUGCUGGAAAGCUUCUCUCCUACAACCGAGCAAACCGAGCUGUGGCCAUCCUGUGCAACCAUCAGAGAUCCACGCCGAAAACCUUUGAGAAGUCAAUGCAAAAUCUGCAAACCAAGAUUGAUGCCAAGAAGGAACAGCUGGAAAAAGCCCGACAAGAGCUGGAAGAAGCUGAAGAUGAGUUAAAAGACAAAAAAGAUGCCAAAGCAGAGGCCAAUGUGCAAAAGAAAAAGAAGCUGUUGGAACGUCUGAAGGAACAGUUGGUCAAGCUGAAUGUCCAGGCCACAGACAAGGAGGAGAACAAACAGAUAGCUCUGGGCACGUCCAAGCUGAAUUACCUGGAUCCCAGGAUUAGCAUAGCCUGGUGUAAGAAGUUUGGUGUGCCCAUUGAGAAGAUCUUCAACAAGACGCAGAGGGAGAAGUUUGCUUGGGCAAUCGACAUGACUGAUGAGGACUUUGAGUUCUGAGGAAGCACCUUUCCUGUUAGCCUCAUGCUCAUCUGGUGCUGUUUAAUAACUUUUUUUAUGUGCUGCUGCAGUUGUUACAGAGGUGGGAUGGUUGUCUAACACAAGUUUGUAGGCGUUUCAUGCUGGUUUUUGUAUUAAAAAAAAAUAGAAACCAAGUGUUAAAAGCAAAUACUACUGACUUGUGACACUCAUUCUGAGUGCAAAUUAAAUGUGAACUUUUAAUUCCUCUCUAGAGCUGCCAGGUGCUUUGGAUAUCUUCUUCCUUCCUCCUCGUCCAGAAUCUUGGAAGAAGAUUGAGAGCCUUAACUGUGCCAAUAAAUAGGAUUAACUGUGUAAUCUUAUCUCCUUGUGGAGAAAUGCUGUGCUUCUUAGAUGCUCUGAAUUAUCCUGAUGUGGAAACAUGAGGCAAUGAUGUGCUGAAACAGGCAGCUGCAGUGUAAGACCUGGGCUUGGGUCAGGGGAUGCACUGGAGUAAAGGGAAAAAAAAUCUCAGGGUAUUUUGUGCCUUUCAUCCUUGGGAUUUGACAAAACUGCAAUUGCACAAAUAUAAUCAAAAUGGAAACACUUUGGGAGGGAGCCAAUAUCACUGAAGGAGCAGCUGCAUCCUUGAAAAGGAGGGAUGGGAAACUGCUGGGUCAGAAAGUGAGUUUAAUGGUAGAAUGCUGAAAAUGAGUGAUAUGUACUCUGUUCCAUCCCUGCAUCAUCAAACCUUUGGUAUGUGAGAGGAGAUCUCAUCUUGGUCUCCAGCUACUGACUUCACACUGGGAAAGUGUAAUGCUGGCUAUGAGACUAUGGUGGGAUGCAGAUGUACUGGGGAGUGGUAGCAAUCAGCAGUCUGCAUCCUUCCAAUGGACAUGGAGAAGGCACAGACCAAUUGCAUACAAUGCAGAUGCUUGCUCAGUUGGCUGCUUUUCAGAGAAAGGAAAAAAGUGAUAUUUCUGUGUACGGUUAGCCUAGUUGUCAGUUAACCUCAAGUGUAAGCAAGCUGUUGCAUCAAUAGCAAAAUCUUAUAAUUCAGUGCUGACAUUGAACCUGCUGUAGUUGGUGCAUAUAAUGGGUUUGUUUGCAGCCACUUGUUCUUGUGUUUAAAUUGUUAUUUCACUUGGAAGCUAUUACAACUGGAAGUGAUUUUUCUGAAUAUGUGAUUGGAAGCUAGGGGCCUUUUUGCAGCUCAAACUGGAUGUGGUUCUGCUGAGAGUUAAUGCUCCAGCUCUGUGCUUGGACUCUACAAUGGGUGUGUAUAUGUGCUGAGUUGCCUGCAGAAACUGAUAUGAAAUCCUUUGCCUUCACGUGAAGAACCUCCUGGCAGAUCUCAAACCAUUUGUGGUUGGUUCCUAAGGGCCUCUAUGCCUCAGGUAUGAGGAGAAAUGCGUGAGCAAACCCAA